AUGGCGCUCACUGCCGAUCAGAAGCGCUUGAAGGCGACGAAGUUCCCUCUUGAAUUCGACAAAAAGGUGGAUAUCGAGAAGGUCAACCUCGACAUCAUCAAGAAGUGGGUUGCGGAGAAGAUUACUGCAAUUCUCGGCGACGAUGACGAUAUUGUCAUUGAAACGUGCUACAAUCUGCUGGAGAAGGAGCAAUAUCCCAAGAUCAAGGAGAUCCAGAUUCAACUCGAGGGCUUCCUCGACAAGGACUGCCCGCGGUUUUGCAAAGAACUGUGGAAUCUGAUGCUCAGCGCCCAGGAAAGUACUGCGGGUGUGCCAAAAGAGUUGCUAGAAGCGAAGAAGCUCGAACUGCAAAAAGAGCAGGCAUCGAAGGCAGCUGCCGAGAGCCGCAGACGACAGGCACACAAGGAAGAAGACGAGAUGAUCAACUCUUUCCGUGAAGAUGAGAUGACUGCACGCAGGGACCGGACCGGUCCUGGAGGACGUGGGCGUGGUCGGGGCCGUCGUGAUGACCGCAAUCAGCAGCGUAGACCACCGCGCCACACUUUUCCGCUUCGACGCGAUAGUGACUCUUAUGUCCCUCCUCCCCGAGGACGUGGUCGGAACAGAUCUGCUGAGCGGGGCCGAUCUCGUUCUGCUGAGAGGUUCAGGUCUCCUACUCCCCGUCGUGACCAUCGCGGUCUCCGGUCCGCAGGCGACGUCGUCGAUCACCAUCAUCGAGUCGCACUCGGUCCCCUCCUCGCAGGAGGCUUCGUACUACUUCGCCAAGCCGCUCCAGGUCUCCUCCGCGCAGGAGGCUUCGUGCUGCUUCGACAAGCCGCUCAAGGUCUCCUCGUGACCGGUCGCCUUCACCUCGUCGCGCCCGUCGCUCUUCGACUAGAUCUCGUUCUCCGCGCGGUCGCUACAGCAGGAAGAGGCGUAGGAGUUCGUCGUAUUCGCGAAGCCGAGAUAGAGCUUCCAGGAGGCAUCAUUCCCGAUCUGCAACCCCGCGAGAGAAACUGA